AUGCCAAGAAAGCGCAAUAAACGUCAAGUGCCAAGUCGCCUCAGUCAUGUGGAGUUUGCAUACGAAGAACCUUCGCCGAAACCCCAAUCAGUGGCCAUAACAUCGCAUCAGUCAGAGUAUCCAGAUUCAGAAGAGGUCGGUCUAACAAAAUCAGGUAAUAGACCUCUUGAUGAUCAUCAACGGCUUCAAGGACCUUUCGACGAACACUCCGAAAAUGAUGGAGCAUCAUCGAACACCAUUGACGUUCGCAGAGACUCGAAGAAUACUGAGGAUCUCGCAAACCACACACAAAUUCCCCAAAUUGUUCCAACAAUCACCGAUGGGAAGAGUCCUUUGGACGAACUUGUCGGUGAUCAUUUCACAGAAUUGCAUCCACUGCCAUUGCCAUUAUCCCAUGUAGAGGACGAGUCUCAGGCUAGACAACAAGAAGAAUCAAAUGUUCAUUCAAUGGAACGAUCUCGCUCUUAUUUGUCCCAAGGCGACUCCUGUCAUGUGGAAUAUGAUUCUCACUCUCCAGCCCAGCCGAAAUCCAUCGAUAGAACUUUGCCGGUCGAUAAACGAAUACCCUCACUUAGAAUCAUAUAUCAACGAGGUGAUCGUCCUCUCGCAUAUAAAAGGGUCAAGUCCUUUCUGAAGCAGGAAGACAAAGCCAGAGAGCAGCACAUACGGGAAGCCUAUGAUAAUUUUCCUCCAGGGGGAUCUUUUAAUCGUCGUGCCCUGCCAUCUAUACCAAGACUCAUACGGAAAUACAUAUUGAGCGACGAUAUACCAUUGCACCACAAACUUCCAAUACCAAGAUACGACAGUCGAGGAAAACUCCUAGACGAUCAACCUCCUUGUCCAGCUGAUGUAAAUUCAAGGAGUCGAAGUUAUUCUGACGCUCUUUUAUCUUAUGACGGAUGGGUUUCACCGGAAAGGGAGGCUACUCAGGAUGAGAUGCGUACCAUUAUUAACUACAGAAAUCGGUCACCCAGAGCACCAGCAAGGUCGAGGAAAACAGUUUCCCAUAGAGCUCCAACGCCCCACAAGAAUUCAGACCCGUGGCAAUUUUUAGCCAAGGUUAGGAAUAAAUUCUGCAGAGUUAGAAAGUCUAGAACGAGGGCCCCUCGGAAGCCCCUAGUUGAAAUACCAGGACCUCACUGCUAUAAACUUCUAAAAUCUGGCUCUACCCGUAAAAUCGAUCGGAUGUACAGUGCCAGACUAUCAACAUGCACCAAGCAGAAAUCUAAUCCCAACUCCGUAUUCCGGUCUUUAAAUUCCUCCCAUUCUAAUAUCAAAGUAGACUUUCGUACUUGCUCCACUUUUGGUUCGGACUCGGUCAACAAUAGUAACGAGGCUAAAUACGAUGACAACAAUGACGAUCUCGAUACUCUCAUGUCAUCCUCGUUGGCGAGUUCUUCUUCAGACUUACUACCAGAAGAUGACGGACACAUGACUUCCACUGAGAGAUUUGAUCUUUUAAAGAUACCAGGUGCUUAUCCGAGCUCUUGUCCUGAAUCUUCACCAGAAAUUGCAACACACAUGGAUUCGAAACUCUGCAAACCCAAACACCUAGAUGGAGUAAAUAAUCCGUCGGCUCACAAAGAUUUCGUAAGUGACAUGCGUCAACUCGGGGAACGUCGAGUUUGUCGGAAGCAUAUCGACAUCUCCAACAACCCAAAUAGCUCUGUCAAUAAUAAUCCUGAUACAAAGCCGCAGAUAAAGAAACUUCUUCUCGAUCGAGCACAAGGCAUCACCGAUAACAAUAAGCCAGACCCCUCUAAGCGCUUGUUAUCUACGAUCAGAGUUCAGAAUGACUCUCCAGAACAGAGCAGAGCCCGAAAGCGUCGUCGAAGAGAAAUCAUUCGUGACGAUGACUCGUCCGAGGAUGAUUUUGAGGAAGUGGAGGGGCCGAGGAAGAUUGUCCGUUUAUAUCACAAGGGAAUAACGGAUGAAUCCAAGGCGUGUGAGCCGCUAACUAAAGAGAAUGUGAAAGAAUUGGUGUCAAGAGAAGAAGCUACAAACUAUCCAGGGAUUUUGAAGAAAGAUACAAUUGGUAUUCCAUGGACAAAGAGAGUGCGUUUUGAGUUUGAUGGAGAAAUUUACCCCGCCUCAGGACCACACUCUGAUGAAAUGGAUAUCGAUGAUUCUCAAAAUGAUUCAGAGAUUAUUCAAUCAAGAUCCACGAGCUCGGCUAUAAGGCCAUGUCUGACUCGGGGGACACCAUUGAGUAUUGGAGGUGUAGCUAUGAGUAGAGGUGGGCCAGAGAAGAAGGAAUUUACGGCGAGAAGGUCACGCUUUAAGGAUUCGGUUCUCAGUUUGCGUCGCUUACAGAAAAAGGCCUGCCAAAUCAGGAAUGAGUUUAGAAAUGGAACAAUGCUAACGGUGUUGUUAUCUUUGAAGGGUAUACUGAAGGAUAUUCGAAAUGAAGCAAUUUGUGUGGAAGCUCCAGCAGAUUAUUUCAGGAAACAGAGGGCGGCCCGAAUCAUCGUUGAUAUAAUAAAGAUCAAUACGAUGGUAAACAGAGAUGAAGGGGACGAUGGGACGGAUCUUUCGGGUUGGUAUGAUCACGAUGAUUUCAAUGCUACUCAGGAGCUCAAAGAUUUACAGGCGGAGGUGGAUGAGCUUGAGAUGGAGAUCAUGAGCUGCGAGGAUGAGAAGGAACUAGAGCUCAAGAUGAGUAAACAAUCAAUGCUGGAGGCACAAAUAGAAGAAUUUGAGGUGAUAGAAGAGUGGUACAAUGCUGAGGUUUGCGAUGAUGAUAGUUGGAGUGAUUUUGCGACUGAAGGGAAGUGUUCCAUGGACGUGAAGAUGCAAGCACUGGGAGCGCAGGCUUCAGCUUUGGGAAUUCCUUGUGAUAAAUUCCAGGAAGUGACAUCGGAUGAAGAUGACGAAUUAGAUGAAAAUAUGCGUCGUGCCAUUGCUUUGUCGCUGGCAGAGUCUGGAGGGGAAGAUCGAGAACCUUACGACGAUGAGUGUUAA